AUGAGUCAAUCACUUUCUGUACCUCCGUACUUUGACGAAAGUAAUUAUGCUUACUGGAAGGUUAGAAUGCGUGCAUUUCUUAAGUCCUUAGAUAAGCAUGUUUGGUUGAGUGUGCAAAAUGGCUGGAAACCUCCUUCCACUAUCGUAUCAGGAACUGUUAACCUUACUGAUAUAUCACUGUGGACUAAGGAUGAGAUAGCUGAGUCUUCUAGGUUUGUAGAAGAAAGGAUGAAAGAUGAUGAAACCUUUGAUGAAUUUUAUGCAAAAUUGAAUGAUAUUGUUAAUUCUAGUUUCAAUUUAGGCGAGAAAAUUCCCAAGUCUAAAAUUAAAGGAAAGUCCAUUGCUUUAAAAUCCAUCAAAGAGGAUGAAUCUUCCGAUACUGAGUCUCUGAGGGACGAUGAAAUUGCUUACUUUGUGAAGAAAUUUCAAAAGGCUCUCAAGAAUAGGAGAAAGCCUCAGGAUAGAAAAAGUGGAGUCCCUAGCAGAUUCUCAAAAGAAAAAACUGAAAGGUUUAACAAUAAAAGUUCUAGUGAUAAACCACGUUUGGUUAGUGAUAGGCAGGAGUCAUCUAGUAGUAAAGAUGAAGGGAACUAUAUGGCAUUUGUGUCGACUAUUAAGAGUGAAUUUGAGAAGGAGAGUGACAAGGUUGAGAAAGAACUUCAUAACAAUAAUUCUAGUAAUGAGGAUGAGGAUGACAUAAACAUACAUGAGGCCUAUCAACACUUGUUUAAGGAGAGUCUUAAAAUCAAAAAGAUCAAUAAAGCCCUACUUAAAAAGUUGGAAGACAAGGUUAAGACAUUAACUAGUGAAUUGGAGAAAUCUAAUGCUCAUCUUCAAACUUUCAUAAGUGGAACUAAGAAAUUGGAUGAUAUUUUGGGAAUGAAUAAGCCUACGGGAGAUAGGAAAGGUCUAGGAUAUGUUGAGGGUAAUACACAUGGUGCUGGUCCAUCUAAAACUGUAUUCAUUUCUGCCUCUAGGAAGUCUAACGCUGUCAACAGUCCAAAUAAGGGUAAGAAUGUUUCGAGGGAACAAAGUCAUCAAUCACGUAGAAAUUUUAUGUUCAAACACCCAAAGACACGUACCUUUGAGCCUAGGUUCAUUCCCACCUAUCACCACUAUGGAGCUCUAGGACACACUAGGCCUAGAUGUUAUAAAUUAGGCAAUGAGCGUAGAAAUCAGAAUAUUCCAAGUCAAGUUAAAAAGGAGGAUCUAGCUGGACUUUCAGGUCAGGUAAAUUGCUAUGUUGCUCAUUUUGCAUUAAAAGCCCAAGAUUUCAAUAUGUGGUACCUUGAUAGUGCUUGUUCUAGGCAUAUGUGUGGUAACAAGGCUUUAUUCACUACUCUUGAUGAAUACAAUGGGGGUUUAAAGUCGAACUUGUUAAGUAUUAGUCAGAUUUGUGAUGCUGAUUUUGAGGUUAGUUUUGUGGAAAAGAGAUGUACCGUGUAUGAUUCAUUCGGUGGGGUGGUCCUUGAAGGGGUUAGAACGUCUGAUAACUGUUAUGGAGUCCUACCUAAUUCUAACUAUGUGUGUAGGAGUGCAAAAAUUGAUGUGAGUGAACUCUGGCAUAAAAGAUUGGGUCAUUUAAACUAUAAGAGUCUAGUACAACUGGCUAAAAAGGAGUUGGUAGAUGGUUUGCCUAAAAUAGUUCCUAGUGAAAAUGUUAUGACUGAGAGUCUAGGAGGUAAGCGGUAUAUUCUGGUUGUGGUAGAUGAUUUCUCGAGGUUCACAUGGGUAGAAUUGCUUAGGGAAAAAUCUGAUGCAUGUGACCUUAUAAAAUCUUUGUGUAAACAGCUUAGUAAUGAACUCAAUCACAAAGUGUCCAGAAUGCGAAGUGAUCAUGGAAAAGAGUUUGAAAAUUUCAAUCUUGAGAGCUUCAGCAUGGAUGAAGGGAUACUACAUGAGUUCUCUUCCCCUAUCACUCCUCAACAAAAUGGGGUGGUUGAAAGGAAGAAUCGUGUUCUUUAG